AUGGAAAGAUUAAGAAAUACAUAUAUUGAUAAAGUUACACAUCAGCUUCAACUGGAUAAUGGCAUUAAGCAACGCAUAUUUUUACAUGUGGAAAUGAACAUAUUGGCCAGCAUAAUAGAUGAAAAAAAUAUGAAUAGGCAGUUUAUAGCAGUAUCUAAAAGUUGUUGUUAUUUGUGUGAGCUUUAUAUAGAUUUUGCACGUAAACGAGGAUAUAAAGUCAUCAUUUCUGAAACAUACAAGAAAUUAUAUGACGGUUGGAAACUGCCACAUGUAGUAAAUAAUAACUUCAAGAACGAAUCCCUGAAACAUCUACUAGAAAAUCUUAACUUAAUCAUAGAAAACAAGAUAAAGCGCUAUACUAGAAGUUUAUUAGCAGAUUCUGAUAGCACUGCAAAUAGUGUGAAUGAUAAUGCUAAUAAUGAUGAUUCUGAUCAAAACUGUCUCUUAGAAAAGUUUUAA